CAUGUAGCUUGGAAGUGACAUGUGGCUUCUAACGACUCUGCUACUUUGGGUUCCAGUUGUUGGGCAAGUGGUUAAUGCCACCAAGGCUGUGAUCACCUUGCAGCCUCCAUGGGUCAGUAUUUUCCAGAAGGAAUAUGUCACUUUACGGUGUGAGGGGUCUCACCUGCCUGGAAACAGUUCCACACAGUGGUUUAUCAACGGCACAGCCAUUCAGAACUCCAUGCCUCUUUAUAGCAUCCCGGAGGCCAGUUUCAAAGACAGUGGUGAAUACAGGUGUCAGAUAGGUUCCUCAAUGCUAAGCGAUCCUGUGCAGUUGGAAAUCCACAGUGACUGGCUGCUACUCCAGGCCUCCCGCAGAGUCCUCACAGAAGGAGAACCUCUGGCCUUGAGGUGUCACGGAUGGCAGAAUAAGGUGGUGUACAAUGUGGUUUUCUAUCAAAAUGGAAACUCCUUUCCAUUUUCUCGAAGUUCUGAGUUCACCAUUCUGAAAACCAGCCCGAGUCACAGCGGCAUCUACCACUGCUCAGGCAUGGGAAUGCGCCUCUACACGUCUGCAGGAGUGUCCAUCACUGUGAAAGAGCUGUUUACCACACCAGUGCUGAGAGCAUCCGUGUCAUCUCCCUUCCUGGAGGGGAGUCUGGUCACCCUGAACUGUGAGACAAAAUUGCUCCUGCACAGUCCUGGCUUACAGCUUUACUUCUCCUUCUACGUGGGCAGCAAGAUCCUGGAGGACAGGAACACAUCCUCAGAGUACCACAUACCAAGGGCUGAAGGAGAAGAUUCUGGAUUGUACUGGUGUGAGGUAGCCACGGAGGACGGCAGUGUCCUUAAGCGCAGUCCCGAGUUGGAGCUCCAAGUGCUUGGUCCCCAGUCAUCAGCUCCCGUCUGGUUUCACAUCCUGUUUUAUCUGUCAGUGGGAAUAAUGUUUUUGGUGAACACGGUGCUCUAUGUGAAAAUACACAGGCUGCAGAGAAAGAAAAAAUACAAUUUAGAAGUCCCUUUGGUUUCUGAGCAGGGGAAGAAAGCAACUUCCUUCCAGCGAGUUAGAAGCGAUGGCGUGUAUGAAGAAGUAACAGCCACUGCAAGCCAGGCCACACCACAAAAAGCUCCUGACGGACCUCUAUGCUCAGUGGGUGGCUGUGGACCCGAGCAGCCUGAACCCCUUUCUCCCAGUGACAGGACUGGGGCACAAACUUCCCAAAGUUGACCCGGACACCGUGGGACCAUGGCUUGCAACU